AUGCGUGUUGGAACUGGGUGCGGCGGCGGCGGCGGCGGCAGCGAGGUUGAGCCUGGCUCUCUUCCACAAUUUUUUUACUUUUGACCAAAUCCUCCUUCGUUUCCUCCAGCGUUCCCUCCACGACUGUGAGGCUACCGCUUUCUAUAGCGCGCCGCGUGUUAUCUUUUGCUGACGCGGCAACCAUACACUGCCCCGUCCUCUCUUCAAACGUCGUUUUAUUUUGAUUCAGCUUUCGCCCAGCGCGCCUCCUGCUGCCGAACGGGGCAGACCUCGAUUUUUU